ACUUCGCCGUCAAAAUUGAAAGGCUAUGUGAAGACCAGGUAGACCCUGACGCACAGGACCCUUGCCUGUCUAUGAGGAAAAAAAAAAAAAAAAAAACCUGCUGUAGUUUGUUUCCUCAAGCUCUGGAUUUGUGGCGUCUCAAGACACGGAAUGGAGUCUCAUGUCUUCAUUUUCAAGGAAAUAUUGGACUAAAUACAGACAAGUUGUGUACCAUUUUUGUUCCUAUUAGAAGUAGAAAUGGCGAGAUUUUCUCAUUUGCCAGACGAGGUGUUGGAGGAAAUCAUGUCGUGGUUGCCGCCUGAGUCUUUGAAACGAUUCGAGUGCGUUUACAAGUCAUGGUACUUUUACAUCAGCGCUCUUAUGAAUAAUCCUGAAUUUGUGGCUAAGCACCUUUGCAAUACGAAGAACAAGAUCUUGUCCCAUCCCUCCUUGUAUUUUAGGAGCCUUUGGACUAUCAGUUGCGCGGAACUACCGAAAGACAGUUUGGAAGGAAGUUAUUUCUUCAAUUUUGCAACCUCUGACUAUUGCAGCGUUAAUUACAACAUUCCUUGUGUUACUUAAGAUCUCAAGAUUGUUCCUGAUGCAGACUUUGGUGAUGGCUAUAGAAUACGGGGAGUGGGGUUUGACUACGACUCCAGAGCUAAUGGUUAUAAAGUUGUUACCAUCAAGUCUGAAGAUCCACUCGAUCCUUGGUGUAUAGCCUUAGUACCAACUCUUGGAAAGAAAUUGAGUUGAAUGUUGAAGUUUAUUGCUUUUUGAUGAAUGAAUACCAAGUCGUGUAUUGUAAUGGAGUUUGUUAUUGGUACUAUCAGGACGUUAUGUGCUAUAUAGUUUCUUUUGAUUUUAGUGUUGAGGUAUUUGGAAACAUACCAUACCCAAAUAAAGCUCCAAGUUUAAGAGAAACAGGUGAUGAUGAACCACUUGAAAAAUCAUCGAAGAUUGCAGUUUGGAACGAUUCCAUCGCUUUGUUUUUCUAUCUUGAAUUGGAUCCCUUGCUCAUUGAUAUGUGGGUAAUGGAUUCCUGUUCAAGUGGUGUUGAAGGUUCCUGUCCUUGGACUAGACAUCUAACCAUUGGACCCCUUGUGGGAAUUAACAAACCAACACUGUUUUGGGCUAAUGAUGUGCUCUUCAUGGAAAACAAAGAUCUUGAAAUUGUCUCCUACUACCUUCGUACCAAAAAGCUCGCUGCUCGCUCCAUUUGUAAGGAACUGUUUAGCAAUCGUGUUGUUAUCUGUGAGAAGAGUUUGGUUUCGGUGCUCCAAAGAAGAGCAGAAAAGCUCAGAAGAUGCAGUUUGUCGGUUUGUCGAUGGGUUAAUGAGACAAGGAAGGCCAAACAUGGUGAGAUGGAACAGAGACAAACUAAACAGACACAAGCUUCUACUUCGACUGCAGGAUCAUUUGAGUCACUGCCGCACAUGGUGACUGAUGAGGAGCUUGUAAACUGCAAGCGUGGGUUGCGUCAAAGUCGCAGGAAAGGAGUGCGCCUAAUGCUUGAGAAAAGCAUCGAAACAUCUACUUCUCACUCAUCCCCCGCAACUUAUCCUCCGCAACAGGAAUCAAUUCCUCCUUUCACGCAACAGUGGAUGAAUCUACUGGCUGAGUUCAAAAAGCAGAUAGCCAUUUAACAGAAGCUAACGGUCGAGCACCAGAAGCUAAUGGUCAAUUACCGGACACUGGAGGCCGCUGUCUUACAAUGUCGAUUGCUUGGGAUUGAUAUUCCUGUGCCUCCUCCGUUGUUUCCUCCUCUUCCACCACUCACGCAUCCAACACCGCCUAUCGAGGACGAGGAGGAUGAUGACGAAAACAUCAAUUCAGGAGACUAGUUUCUUUAUGUUUUCGUAUUGGUUUUUUAUUUUUUUUUAUUUUUAUAGAUAUAUUUUUUUUUUGCUUCCUGAACUGAACUUUGACACUUUCGCUUUGCCCCGCAAAUUUCAAAAAUUGGCUUGCACAUCUCGUGAACGUUAAAACCUUGUCAAUAUUGCUUCUUUCAUCUGUUGGCGUAAAAUUGUGCUGCUGUGGCCGUAACUUAAGUGGCAUUUAGGGGCAGGAAUGUAAAUUCGCUACAAAUGUUGUUGACCAUAUC